AGACGUUUCUACCCCAAGCGUUCAGUAGUGUUGCAACAGCAGCACGGUCGCAGAUUAAACACAUUCUCUUCAUUUUGGAUUAACCUGAUAAUCAUUUAGUGAAACAGUUAUUCUUUACCAAAACAAGCAACUGUGAUAAAACCAGAGCUUAUGUUUUUUGAAACAGAUUCGGUAUAAAUUUCAGUAAUUGUUUCGCUCUACAGUUUGCAUCGUAUCCGCUCAUUUCUAUAUCCAGCUGCAAGUUUCUGAGAGUUAAGUAAAACAUGGAGAGAAAGGCAUUGCCGCUUUAUCAUCAAAACAUCGCCAUUGCUUGUUCCGGCAAAGAUACGCUGAUGCAGUCGCGAUUAUUACAUUCUGGAUGUGGAAAAUCGGACGUGCCGGAAACGCCUGUCAAAUCCAGCAGCAUCGUCCACGCUAAAACUUAUUUUGACACACAUUACCUCUGGACGUUUUCCGGACUGCUGAAAAUUAUUGAAAUGAUGUGUAUGCUGAUUGCAUUCAUUCUGGCAGCGACUGCCUGGAGCACAGAUUGGAGAUACGGAUUGAACUACUGCAUAAAAUCGGCUGAAUAUGUGAAAUUUGCCACAAUUACGGGAUUCAUUAUAACACUUAUACUGCUAAUUUUGUAUUUAAUCCACAUGAUCGAUCCAUUAUACCAAACUAACUGGCUACUUGCGGAAGGGAUAUACUGCGGUAUUGUGGAUGUUUUGGUGACCAUUGCUGGAGCGGUUAUGAUUCCUUACGCUGAGAUCGAUGGUGCUCGUGGAGCUUGCGCGUUUUUCUGCUUGUCUGCUUCGCUGUUAUACGGAGCGGAAUUUCUCUUUAAAUCCAGAUCCUGGCGAGAUGCCAGCAAUCAGCCAUGCUAUUGCGACCCUGCUGGAUUCUUAAUAAUGGAUAAACCGGAAAGGCCGUUUAAAUUUACCAAAUUCUUUCGAGCCAUACUUUACUUUGACGUGGAGUACCUUAAGACGCCUCCCGGGAUUCGGAAAAUUGUGGAACUGGUGUGCACGUUCAUCGCGUUUGUUGCGUCCCUCUGCACCUACUAUUUGGGGGAUAUUUAUGCAACAUUGUGGACGAAUAUUACCACUCCCAUUGCAUUCGUUGCGACCCUGGCAUUUCUUAUUGUACAUCUUUCUCAUCUCGUCGAUACAUUUCAUGCGAUUCCUUGGAACACCAUCGAAGUGGUGUACUCCCUAGUAGCACUGCACUGCAUGCUGUUCGCUGGAGCUAUUAUGAUGCCUUAUGCCGAUGCGUUGGCCGGAACGAUAUGCGUGCUAUUCUGCUGGUCAGCAGCGAUUGUGUAUGGAGUAGACGCUUUCUUUUACCUUCAAGACAUGCAAAUAUUCACAGAAUCCAGCAGUUGCAGCAAUCAGUACAAGGACUUGGAAGAGACCAAAGCGGAAGAUACUCAUGAUAUUAUCUCAUCAAAAGACGAAGCGACUGAUUUUGUAGUUAACAACUAAAAAUGCUUGAUGCCCAUGUGCCCAUAAUUUGUUUCCUUACAUUACAGUAUUUAUUUGUAUUUAUAAAAGAUGGCGCUGUGCGUUUUAAACCAUAGAGACACAACAACAUGGAAAAAAGUUUUAAAGAAUUUACUAUAAAAGCAUACUUAGUGGAAA